AUGUCUUCACCAACACCUUCAUCUGGAGCCUCAAUCACAAAUCGACAAGAUUUAUAUGCCCCUUCGCCCUCCGACAUCCUCAACCAAAGGAUAUAUAUCUGCACCAACACCAUCGUCGAAGCGUGGGCUCGAUCACAAAGCCGCCGCAUAUAUAUCUAUUCGCCUCCGGCACCAGACUCUAUACAUAAGCCAAGCCGCCCAACUGCACCAAUGCGAGUUAUUCCAUCCUUCUUGGGGUUCAACAGACCGCCUUACAGAAAAGGCCUCAUGAUAUGCGGUUUCCCCGGUAUCGGAAAGUCAGAACUCGCCGAUCAGCCCCUGCUAGUGCCCUAUUACACGAUUGUUGAGCUGCACUCGUCCAAAUAUCUCAAAGACAAGUAUGGAAACGACAAUGCUAACUUCGUGGCUGACUACUGCGGAAAACUGAGCGAUGCCUGCCGGCGAAACACAAUUGUCUUGGCUUCAACUCAUCACGAAGUGCUAAGCCAAUUAUACGACCAAAGCGAGCCCAUGGUCUUUAUUUAUCCAUUCAGGUCGGAGAAAGACAAGUGGAUCGCGCGCUUGCAGUCCAGAGGGGCAUCUGAGGAUCUGGUCAACUUGGUUCGAGACGACUGGGACGCCCUGAUGGACGACUUCACGAGAUGGGGUUAUUUUUCAUAUAACUUGCGCUCAGAUGAAUAUUUGCUCGAAGAAAUCAAUGGUAUCGUCACAGAUAUACUUAAUCGCCUAGAAGUACUUAUGCCUGAGAUAGAGGCCGAAGAGGAGUGA